CGCUGCCUUUUGGUUGAAGCACUAUGGAGGGAGAGAGGAAGAACAACAACAAACGGUGGUAUUUCACGCGGGAGCAGCUGGAAAAUAGCCCAUCGCGGCGUUUUGGCGUGGACUCAGAUAAAGAACUAUCUUACCGCCAGCAGGCGGCCAAUCUACUCCAGGACAUGGGACAACGACUUAACGUCUCACAACUGACUAUCAACACUGCUAUAGUAUACAUGCACCGAUUCUACAUGAUCCAAUCUUUUACACAGUUCCAUCGAUAUUCUAUGGCUCCAGCAGCCUUGUUUCUAGCAGCAAAAGUGGAAGAACAGCCAAAAAAACUGGAACAUGUCAUCAAGGUAGCACAUACUUGCCUCCAUCCACAGGAGUCACUUCCUGAUACAAGGAGUGAGGCCUACCUACAGCAAGUUCAAGAUCUGGUAAUAUUAGAGAGCAUAAUUUUGCAGACCCUAGGGUUUGAAUUAACAAUUGAUCACCCACAUACACAUGUGGUAAAGUGCACCCAGCUUGUUCGAGCAAGCAAGGACUUAGCACAGACAUCUUACUUCAUGGCAACCAACAGCCUGCAUUUGACCACAUUUAGCCUGCAGUACACACCUCCUGUAGUGGCCUGUGUCUGCAUCCAUCUGGCUUGCAAGUGGUCCAACUGGGAGAUCCCAGUCUCAACUGACGGGAAGCACUGGUGGGAGUAUGUUGACGCCACUGUGACCUUGGAACUUUUAGAUGAAUUGACACAUGAGUUUCUACAGAUUCUGGAGAAAACUCCAAGCAGACUGAAACGUAUAAGAAACUGGAGGGCAUACCAGGCUGCCAUGAAAACUAAACCAGAUGACCGAGGAACAGAUGAGAACACAUCGGAGCAGACAAUCCUCAAUAUGAUUUCUCAGACCUCUUCAGACACAACUAUUGCAGGCUUAAUGAGCAUGUCAACUACUUCUACAAGUGCAGUGCCUUCCCUCCCUGUCUCUGAAGAGUCCUCCAGCAGUCUAAGUAAUGUGGAAAUGUUACAAGGCGAGCGAUGGCUGUCUUCCCAACCCCCCUUUAAGCCAGAGUCUUCUCAGGGUCAUCGGACGAGUGAGAAUUUAGCACUUAUUGGAGUUGAUCAUUCCUUGCAACAUGAUGGUUCAAAUGCAUUUGUUUCCCAGAAGCAGACUAGUAAGAGCGUGCCAUCAGCUAAAGUUUCACUUAAAGAAUACCGUGCAAAGCAUGCCGAGGAGUUGGCUGCUCAGAAGAGGCAGCUAGAGAAUAUGGAGGCCAAUGUGAAGUCUCAGUAUGCAUAUGCCGCCCAGAAUCUCCUGUCACAUCAUGACAGCCAUUCUUCAGUCAUUCUGAAGAUGCCCAUUGAGGGCUCAGAAAAUCCUGAACGUCCUUUUCUAGAAAAAGCAGACAAAUCAGCUCUGAAAAUGAGACUCCCGGUAGCUGGUGGAGAUAAAGCAGCCUCCUCAAAACCAGAGGAGAUAAAAAUGCGCAUUAAAGUCCACUCUGCAACUGAUAAGCACAAUUCUGUAGAAGACAGUAUCACCAAGAGCCGGGAGCACAAAGAAAAGCACAAACCUCACCCGUCCAAUCACCACCACCAUCAUAAUCACCAUUCACACAAGCACUCUCACUUACAGCUUCCUGUUGGUACUGUGAACAAACGGCCAAGUGAUCCAAAACAUAGCAGCCAGAGCAGCAGCACCUUAGCACACAAGACCUAUAGCUUGUCUAGUACUUUGUCUUCUUCCAGCUCUACACGUAAGAGGGGUCCUCCAGAAGAGACGGGGGCAGCAGUGUUUGAUCAUCCAGCCAAGAUUGCCAAGAGUACUAAAUCCUCUUCCUUGAAUUUUCCCUUCCCACCUCUUCCUGCAAUGACCCAGUUGCCUGGGCAUAGCUCAGACACAAGUGGCCUGCCCUUUUCACAGCCUAGCUGUAAAACUCGGGUUCCUCACAUGAAACUGGAUAAAGGUCCUCCUGGGGCUAAUGGUCACAACACAACUCAGUCAAUAGAUUAUCAAGAUACUGUGAAUAUGCUUCACUCCUUGCUCAGUGCCCAAGGUGUUCAGCCUACUCAGCCCCCUGCAUUUGAAUUUGUUCAUUCUUACGGUGAAUAUAUGAAUCCACGAGCUGGAGGGAUCUCCUCCAGAUCUGCCAAUACAGACAAACCUCGACCACCACCCCUCCCAUCAGAACCUCCUCCGCCACUUCCACCUCUUCCUAAGUGAAAAAAAAAAAAAGGCGGAAACUUAAAAAACAAAAACACUUUUUGUUUUUGGGUUUUUUGUUUGUUCUUUUGUUUUGACUACUGAUACUGGACUACGAAAAUUACAUCCCUUAUGAAAUACGUCACCCUUGGACUAAGGAGUAAAUUGAUACUGAGAUAGGUGGGAGGAUGGUGGAGGGCCCCAGAUACAUCUGCUGCCUCAUACAUCUAUUUUCUUACAGUUUUACUGGUAUCAGAGGUAGGAUUAUGUUGAAGCUGUGAAGGAUUACGAACACUCUGUUCUUGGCCUCUCCUCAUCCGAAUGGGGUUGAUUGGAGUAGUUAUCUUCCCUCUUCUUGCUGGAACUGAAAUGUGGGGGUGAUCA